GCUACGGAAUGAGAGCGUAAUGUUGAUCCAGCGACAGGAAAUACGACCCGGAGUCUGUUCAUGGAGUUUUAUUUUGAAAAACAACUGGAUUCUCUCUGGAGUUUCUGUCUGACUUCCUGUCCGAACGAUCCGCUCUGUCCAGCUUGACGCGUGCGUCUGCAUUGAGCAUCAAACAUAGAACAGACGCGUAAAGGCCGCGAGCGUCGAGACGCUUCUGGGACGCGUCGGACACGGAGCCGACGCCAUGCAGGAACACACAAACAGGCUGGGACAUCGACAUCAUGUUCGUUACAGGCGACACCUGAAGCUCUAUCAUUUGAAACAGGAAGCUCAAGGUCUGAAAAACCAGCAUCUGUUCAAGGAAGGCAUCCCACAGUACCCCAGACCAGAGUUUCAUGUGUCUCGUCUGAGGUACGACACAAAGAAAGAGAGUUUACGUUUCAUCAGGAGGGAUGAAGGCUUCAAGGCUCCUGCAGACAGAGCGGCCUCUGGACCGGGCUCUGGACCUGGUCUGGUCUGGUUCAGUCUGGAUGUGGGGCCAGAAGAGGUGAGGUCAGCUGAGACCAGACUCCUGGAGAAAACCUUCCCAGACCGGACCAAGGAGCAGGCUGACACCCAGCAGAGCUUCCUGUGGAGGUUCGCCACCUCCCCGGCCUUUAAGGAGACGUCCCGGCUGGGCUCGUACCGCUUCACCUUCCCCCUGGAGGAGGUCCUGGAGAACUACAGGGACCAGUUUUGUUCUGGUCAGCAGCCGGUCAUGAGGGUCUACAAGACCACCCUGUUCAAACAGGAGGUCCAGUACUCUGUCCUGGUCCACAGUCCAGCCAACGAGGAGCAGUUCUCUAAGUGUCCUUUGCUGAGUGACCACCCAAACGCUGUGUGCGUUUACCGAGACGGUCGCUUCGUCUGGAGGCCGGAGGCCAUGUGUGAGACUCACAGGUACAAGUUGGUCCGCAGACCUGAUGAGAAGCACCUGGACGCUGAGGAGCUAGACUGGCCCGAGUCUUACGUUUGGGAUCACGUCAGCGUCGCUCUGCAUGUGGACGAUCAGGUGCUGAAGUUUGGUGCUGGUCGUCUAAGAGAGAACCUCAGCUUCUGUUACCGAGGGGAAGCACCGAUCAGUUGUCCUUGGGAUUUUGAUACUUUGGAUGUUGCUGAAGUCCUGGUGAAAGAGCUGUGGCCAAACAGCGGCUCUGAACUGAAGGAAGGGACUUCACUGGAGCAGAGCUUCACAGAAGCUGCUGGAGGACGACCGGUCUAGUCUGAGGACACUGAUCCAUGGACACCACGUCUCCACAUUUAAACAUGUUGCUCUUCUUUAAGAAACAAUCAGUAUUAUUAUACAGAACUUUAUGUCUCAAUGAUGAGUCUGACUCUGAUUUAAUGGUUUAAUGCUCAGAGUUGAUUUCAGUUACACCUUCAGUCUAAUGUGUGUGUUAUUGUUGUGUUAAAGUGAUUUACUCUUCGUCUUAUACUCGUGAUAUUUACCUUUUAAUAAAUAUAUCUGAGAGGAAA